UUUAUCAAAUUCCCCAGGGAAUGAUUCUACUAACCCUAUCAGCUUCCCUAGAUGGCCUCCGACCGCUGCCAUGCAUGGCGAAGCCAUGCCAGAAGGCCUCCAACUUGCAGAAUGCGGUCCUCUCCAUCGCGCUUGCCCUGAUCGCCCUCGGGACGGGAGGCAUCAAGCCCUGCAUCUCUUCCUUCGGGGCCGACCAAUUCGACGAGGCUGACAAGAAGGAAGUCAAGAAGAAGUAUGCCUUCUUCAACUGGUUCUUCUUCGCCAUCAACAUGGGGGCCCUCUUGGGCAUCACGGUCUUAGUGUACGUGCAAGUGAAGAAAGGUUGGGUUUGGGGGUUUGGGAUUCCCACCGGGGCAAUGAUCAUAUCGAUCGUUGUCUUGCUGUGCGGCAUCAAGUAUUACCGGUUUCAGAAGCCGAUGGGGAGUCCGUUCACGAGGUUCAUGCAGGUGAUGGUGGCAUCGGUGAGGAACCACUUAAGAGGGGUGGAGGUUGGAUGUGAGACGUUGCUUUUCGAAGUGCAAACGGAGGAGUCUGACAUUAAGGGAGCUCGCAAGCUAGCUCGCACCUCACAAUAUAGAUUCUGGGAUAAAGCCGCAGUAAUAGCUGAUCGAGAAUCCAUCCCAACCACCAACCGCUGGCAUCUCUGCACCGUGACGCAAGUCGAGGAAUUCAAGUCCUUCCUGAGGGUCCUCCCUGUGUGGGCAUCCACCAUUGCGCUCUCCAUCUCCUUCGCCCAGCUCUCCACCUUCUUCAUCAGCCAAGCAACCAUCAUGGAUCGCCAGCUUGGCCACAGCUUCAAGGUCCCCCCCGGUUCCGUCCCCAUCUUUUCCGCCAUCAAUGCCCUCUUCCUUGUCCCGCUCUAUGAGAAGCUGAUUGUGCCGGCCCUGCGCCGGCGCACUGGCCACUACCGGGGCAUCACGUCGCUCCAGAGGAUGGGGGUCGGCCUCUUCCUCUCGAUCUUUGCAAUGGCCUCGGCUGCUAUGGUAGAGAGGAGGAGGCGCGAGCGCUCGCCUGCCCCGUUGAGCAUGAGCUUCUUCUGGCUCUUCCCUCAGUUCUUCCUUGUUGGCGGUGCUGAGGUGUUCACCUAUGUGGGCCAGCUCGAGUUCUUCUACGAUGAGGCGACGGAUGGGACGCGGAGCAUCAGCAGCGCAGUCUUCCUAAGCGAGAUCGGAAUAGGGAGCUGGCUCAGCACUGCGCUUGUCAAGAUCGUCGAGGGUGUGACCGGAGGAACGGAGAAAGGGUGGCUGAGGGAUGAUCUGAACCAGAGCAAGCUCGAUUACUUUUAUUGGGUGUUGACGUUGAUCAACGUGGUUAAUUUCUUGGUGUAUGUGGUGGUGGCUAGGAACUACAAGGGCAAGAAGGCUGCUGGUGUCAGUGUGAGUGAUGAAAGUAUGGUUGAAUUGGGGGGUCCUCAUCCCGAGCUUAGAGGAUCAUCAUGAUGCUUAGGAGUUCGGGAGUGUUGUGUCGUCGUGUUUUAGACUCAUGCUCGAUCAUUUCUAGCAAAAAAAAAAGAUUCAUGCUUGAUAACUGGGAGUUUGAGAGUGUUGCCCUUGGCCAAAUUUUCAA